AUGCAGUUCUUCGGCAUUAUCUGCGCAUUCCUCGCAGUAGGAAUGACGGCUACGGCUACUCUAACCUUCCUCCCUCCCUGCAGCAUGAUCGAUCGCCCUUGCAAAUGUCCGCCAGGUACUACCUUCAAGAACCUAACAAGCUAUGGUAUAAUUGGUGCGCCGGCCCGCGAUGUGCAAGAUAUUAUGGGGUCCUUUUUUGACCUCCAUUUUCAGGGUGGUCUAGUCCCUUACAGGACUAAGGGAAAAGACAAUACUCCUGGGGCCGUGCGGAGCUUUAACCUCUCAGGUCCGGCGGGGUACUAUCAGAUUAGUGAGGAGAAGCUUAGACGGUGGAAGACCUGGCCAGAUGGGUCUUUCAACCAACAGUACCAGCAGAGUCCUAAUCCACCUUUCGUUCAGGUUCCUGGCGGAGGAGUCUAUUAUGGCAUGUGGACGAGUAUUAUCGGCCAGCAGACUGUUGUUCGCAACGAGACUGCGGUGGCUUGGAAGCAAUGGCGCUGUGAGGUGGGCGAGACAUUCCGUAAGUCAAUCGAAGGGCCCCCAGGGAGAGAAAGCAGAGGCUCAUUAUGUCGGGUAGCGGCGGCCAUGUCCCACGAAGGAGGAAUUACCAACACGUCUGCGUUCCUCAGGCAGCAGGGGAAGCUUACCGGGGUAUCCAUUUCCUCUUUCACCAUCUUUGAUGAGAUUAGAGAUGAUUAG